AUGGUUCCCAGAAAACGCUUCAGACCACUUGAAUUGAUGUCACCGACACAUUCUAAGAGAAAAGUUCAAAAACCUCUUCAGGAGAAGACUACGAACCUGAGGGUCUCCCCACUUAAUUCUAAAAUAGGUAAGGAUAUCAGAAGCAAGGAGAGCAGGAAAACGAGAAAGACUGGUUCAGAGAACAUAUUCAAUUCGAAACAUGUCGAUUUAAGAAUGGAAAGCCCGCUUCCAGGCUUAAAUUUUGUAAGUGACUCUCAAAAGAGCCCAGAGGCCCCAGAAAUACGAUGUCUAAGCAACAAAUCUAGCCAUACCUUGAAAAAUGAAAGACAAACAAUAAAUGCUCCUUUAUUCGAUAACUCAUUGAGGUUUGAGGACAUCGAGCAGCCCCCAAAAUCUACUUCAACACCGGUUCUUUCUCAAUCAUCUCAGAUAAAUUUAGAAGGAGAGCCGCCUAUGUUUUCAGUUCCUUAUUAUAUUGCUCCAUCUCCCAUGUAUAAUUUAAACCCGUAUCAAAAUUUUACUGGUAAUCCUAUAUUCUUUACACCCUAUUAUAACCCAAGCUUAAAUUAUGCUAUUCCAAUUCAACGGCCAGAAUUGCUAUAUCCAAAUGUUAACAUGUAUGGUUCGCCACUGUUAAAAAAAGCCAGACUUCCUCCCCAAGUGCAAAGCCGGGAUAAAGAACAAAAUUUCGAGUAUCUUCCUAUAUUUCCGGUCUCGAUUUCUAACAAUGGGGAUUUUGUUGGUCAAGAAAUGCCGAGGUUGACGUCAGAGCGAAACAAAAGAAGACUUUCAAACUCCCUUGAUGUAGAUUGUUCUGAAUAUGAGUCUAGCGGGCAAAAAGCAACUUGCCACGAUAGUAGAUCUUCUCUUGAUUAA